GGCUGAUCGGGUCCGGGAGGAGGCGGGUCCUGAAAGCUACUAGGCAGAGUGUGCGGCCCGCAGCCCGCAAGGUUUGCGCGCCACCAUGGUGCCACAACGCCCGCGAGCGCGGGGCCAGCUGCAGCAGCGCAGGCAGCCGAGGAAGAACGGGGACUGAAGCCCGAGCCCCGGGGAAGCAGAGCGGUGACCCCCGACCCCACCCAUCCCACCGCCGCGCAGCCGCCACUCGUCCUCCUCCUUUCCAGGGGAGCGGGCUGCUACUCAGCCGGACGAUGUGCGCACCCGGCCGCCCGGGAGGCUGAGCCCACCGCUCCGCCCGAGCCCUCGCGGCCGCCCUCCAUGGCCUGGCUGGGCGACGGGGGUGCGGCUGACAGGCCGGUGAGCCCGGCCCGGGGCGCCUCCGCGGACUCCGUGUCUUCUUCGUCCUCCUCCUCCGGGGGCUCGGCCGCUUCGGCAGGAGCGGGGCUGUGGGCCGCCCUGUACGACUACGAGGCGCGCGGGGAGGACGAGCUGAGCCUGCGGCGCGGCCAGCUGGUGGAGGUGCUAUCCCAGGACGCCGCCGUGUCCGGGGACGAGGGCUGGUGGGCCGGCCAGGUGCAGCGGCGCCUCGGUAUCUUCCCCGCCAACUACGUGGCGCCGUGCCGCCCUGCCGCUUGCCCCGCGCUGCCGCCUUCAGGGCCGCCGCCAAGGCCCGGCUCGCCUGUGCACGUCGACUUCGAGCGGCUGGAACUCAAGGAGCUCAUCGGUGCGGGCGGCUUCGGACAAGUGUACCGCGCCACUUGGCAGGGCCAGGAGGUGGCCGUGAAGGCGGCGCGCCGGGACCCGGAGCAGGACGCGGCGGCGGCGGCCGAGAGUGUGCGGCGGGAGGCGCAACUGUUCGCCAUGCUGCGGCACCCCAACAUCAUCGAGCUGCGCGGCGUGUGCCUGCAGCAGCCGCACCUCUGCCUGGUGCUGGAGUUCGCCCGCGGGGGAGCGCUCAACCGCGCGCUGGCCGCAGGCAACUCAGCCCCGGACCCGCGCGCGCCAGGCCCGCGCCACACGCGCCGCAUCCCCCCACACGUGCUGGUCAACUGGGCCGUGCAGAUCGCCCGGGGCAUGCUGUACCUGCACGAGGAGGCGGUGGUGUCCAUCCUGCACCGGGACCUCAAGUCCAGCAACAUUUUGCUGCUUGAGAAGAUAGAACAUGAUGACAUUUACAACAAAACAUUGAAGAUUACGGAUUUUGGAUUAGCUAGAGAAUGGCAUAGGACCACCAAAAUGAGUACUGCAGGUACCUAUGCCUGGAUGGCCCCAGAAGUAAUUAAGUCGUCUUUGUUUUCUAAGGGAAGUGAUAUCUGGAGCUAUGGGGUGCUGCUGUGGGAACUGCUCACAGGAGAAGUUCCAUAUCGUGGUAUUGAUGGUCUUGCUGUGGCUUAUGGAGUAGCAGUCAAUAAACUCACUUUGCCCAUUCCAUCCACUUGCCCUGAGCCUUUUGCCAAGCUCAUGAAAGAAUGCUGGCAACAGGACCCUCAUAUUCGUCCAUCAUUUGCUGCAAUUCUGGAACAACUGAUGGCUAUUGAAGGGGCAGUUAUGACUGAAAUGCCCCAAGAAUCUUUUCAUUCCAUGCAAGAUGAUUGGAAACUGGAAAUUCAACAAAUGUUUGAUGAACUGAGAACUAAAGAAAAGGAACUUCGAUCACGAGAAGAGGAGUUAACGAGAGCAGCCCUUCAGCAGAAGUCUCAGGAGGAACUGCUGAAGCGUCGUGAACAGCAGCUUGCAGAACGCGAGAUUGAUGUGCUGGAGCGUGAGCUGAAUAUUAUGAUAUUCCAGUUAAACCAAGAAAAGCCAAAAGUAAAGAAGAGGAAGGGGAAGUUUAAGCGAAGUCGUUUAAAACUCAAAGAUGGACAUAGAAUCAGUUUACCUUCAGAUUUUCAGCACAAAAUAACUGUGCAGGCUUCUCCCAAUUUGGACAAACGAAGAAGUUUGAACAGCAGUGGUUCCAGCCCACCCAGUAGCCCCACAGUGAUUCCCCGACUCCGAGCUAUACAGUUGACUUCAGAUGAAAGCAAUAAAACUUGGGGCAGGAACACAGUCUAUCGACAAGAAGAAUUUGAAGAUGUGAAAAGGAAUUUUAAGAAAAAAGGUUGUACAUGGGGACCAAAUUCAAUUCAGAUGAAAGAAAAAACUGAUUGCAAAGAAAGAGUAAGACCUCUCUCAGAUGGCAAUAGUCCUUGGUCAACUCUCUUAAUAAAACACCAGAAAACCAUGCCGUUGGCUUCAUUAUUUGCAGACCAUCCAGGUGCUUGUGAAGAACCAAAACUUUCCCCUGAAGGAUUAGAACACAGAAAACCAAAGCAAAUAAAAUUGUCCAGCCAAGCCUAUAUUGAUCUACCUCUUUGGAAAGAUGGUCAGAGAGAGAAUCCAGGCGAACCUGAAAGCUGGGAGACAGGAACCCCUGUGAGUCCUUCCUCUGGGACUCCUCAGGUCACCCCUACAAAUAGUCUUAGCAGAUCCCCCCAGAGAAAGAAAACAGAAUCUGCUUUGUAUAGCUGUACCAUGCUACUGGCAUCAGUAGCUUUGGGACUGGAUAUCAGAGAGCUCAAGAAAGCACAGCCUACGGUAGAACUAUCACCCAAAGAAGAAAGGAGGAAGCGUGAGGGAAUCUUCCAGUGGACUUCCAAGUCUUGCAGUAAUGCUGGUCUUCCCACAAGAUCACUGUCCACACAUGAGGGGUCCAGCAGUUCACCUUUGCUUCCUUCAAAUGCCACGAGUCUUCUUUCCAUGCCUUCUCUCUCCACAAAGUGCUUGCUACAAAAUGAUGGAGAAGAUUUGUUUGAGAGCAACACACACAUCAUUUCUGACUCCAAGUUACCUACUUUAGACCUUUGCACUGACAUUGGAGGAAGUAGUCAGGAGCCAUCCUCUGUAACACUGGAGACUCAUCUUAAUAUAUGGAAAGAACUGAAUCCUCCUUGCCUAGUGCAAGCAGAAGGGAAUGUGCCUUAUGCUUCUAAAAGAAGAAUAGCAAGCCACAGACGAACCAUGUCUGAUGGGCAUGCUUUCCAGACCCUAGCUGGUGCAGCUAAGGUUUCAGCCAUAUCUGGAGCCUCUGAACUGCCACCUGAGCAGGUUUGGGAAAUGCCCCACUCGUCAUGUGGUCCUCACAGUCACCUUCCAGUUGGGGUCCUGCCUGAAAAGCAAAGAGUUGUCAAGAUUGUGCCUUCACUUUGCCCUCCCUCCCUGAGAGGAAGAGUAGAUUCUCCUCAGGCCUUCCCACAGAGAAGAGAGCCUCAGACCUUACAGGCUGGUCCUGUAGUUGGUGGUCUAAGACUCAGUCCUGACUGUUCCUUCAGUGCUAAUGAGAGAACUAAAUCCCAUGUGCUUUCCUUACUGGACACUGACAUAGAAGACCAGAACAAGGACAGCACAGUGCCCCUAUGUGGGAUGAAGAGCAGGACUAGCCGCCCAUCUAUAUAUGACCUGGAGAAAGGGUUUCUGUCUUAAGUGCCUUCUAUUGUUCAAGCAUUUUUUUUUUCUUUCUUGUAAGAUGAACAAAUCAAAACACUGU